AUGAAGCAAGCUUUCGUCAGCAAGGACACCAUUGUCACUAUCCGGGACACCGAGAUCCCCGUGCCUAAAGAAGGCCACGUCCUCAUUCGGGUUGUGGUAUCCGGCACCAACCCGAAGGACUGGAAAGUGCCCCGCUGGUUCCCGAAGAACGAUGGCACCAACGAGGGAGAUGAUAUCGCUGGUUACAUCGAAGCUGUUGGGGAGGAUGUCGUUGGCUUCAGUAAAGGAGACAAGGUGGCUGCGUUCCACCAGAUGUCGACCCCUAAUGGAAGCUAUGGGGAGUACGCCAUCGCUCCGGCGCACACGACAUUCCAUCUUCCUGCCAAGAUUAGCUUCGAAGAGGCUGCGACUGUCCCGCUCGCAGCUAUGACUGCUGCGCUCGGUCUAUACCAGAGGUUGAACCUGCCUCUCCCUUGGAACCCUACCAGUGAGCCCGUACCAUUGGUAGUGUAUGGCGGAUCCUCAGCAGUCGGUUCAUUCGCUCUGAAGCUUGCCAAUCUCUCCAACAUUCACCCGCUCAUUGUGGUGGCCGGAAAGAGCAGCUCCUUCGUUGAGACUCUGAUCGACCGCAGCAAGGGCGACAUUAUCGUCGACUACCGCGAAGGCGACGAGGCUGUUCGCACAAAGAUCAAGGCUGCCGCUGGUGGUAAACCCAUUCACCACGCAUUCGAUGCAGUCUCCGAGAAUGGCAGUACUGAAAACCUCCGCGCUGCACUGACAGCUCCUGGCAAGAUCACCACGGUGCUUCCCACUGAUGGCGAGGGAGAUGACAACAAGAUUGCCAUUCACCGUACCAUGGUUGGAACAGUUCACGACUCCCCUACCGAGGGAAAGACGAUCGAAGAUCGUGAGUUUGGCGCGAUCUUCUUCCCAUUCCUUGGUCGGGGUCUGGCGGGAGGCUGGUUCUCCGGACAUCCCCAUGAAGUGCGCCCGGGUGGCUUGGGUGGAAUUCAGGGCGCACUAAAUGACCUUGCGGAUGGAAAAGCUUCCGCGGUAAAAUAUGUGGUACGGAUCGCCGAGACGGCCGGUGUCUCACAAUAA